CAACGCUGCGAACCAGCAGCCACUUCAACAACUACAAAAAACAAGAACCGCUACUAGGCGUGCUCAAAGUACGCCAACUACACCUUAUUCAAUAAGAAUGGUUUUCUAAGAGUCAAACUAACGUUAAUAAUGCAAGUGGAUUUACUGAACAGACAUCAGUUUUAAGAGGAUAUUUCACAGGAUACGUUGUGAUGGCUACUACUGAGAUGGAAUCCGGUUCUUUGGAAAGCAAACCAGAUUAUACUUAUAGUUCUAAUUCAAAAUAUCCACUGAAAGUUCUUUACUGUGGAGUGUGCUCUCUGCCUACAGAGUACUGUGAGUACAUGCCCGAGCCAGCCAAAUGUAGGCAAUGGCUUGAGAAGAACUUUCCAGAUGUGUUUGCCAGGAUGACAGUCGGCCCGGCAUCGAAUGCUCCCCUGCAGGAAGUUGGCACUGGAGACUCUCCCCCUGGAGGCGAGGAGGAGGAGAAAAAGAAACAGAAGAGAGGUGGAAGAGGCCAGAUCAAACAGAAAAAGAAGACUGUGCCUCAGAAAAUCACAAUAGCAAAAAUCCCAAGAGCCAAGAAGAAAUAUGUAACAAGAGUGUGCGGCAUGGCAACAUUUGACAUUGAACUCAAAGAGGCUCAGCGAUUCUUUGCCCAGAAAUUCUCUUGUGGUGCCUCAGUGACAGCAGAGGAUGAAAUAAUCAUUCAGGGAGACUUUACAGACGACAUAAUCGACGUGAUUCAAGAGAAGUGGCCUGAGGUGGAUGAUGAAAGUAUUGAAGACCUGGGUGAAGUGAAGAAGUGAAGACCAAAUAUGCACUUUUACUGAAACGGAUGUGACCUGUAACAACAACGACAACCUGGCCAAAUGUACACAUUAAGUCAUUUUAUACCUAUUUUAUUUACUGUUCAUAAAAGCUGCAGACUUGGCCACUCACUUGGCAUUUUUUUUAGUUAAUAAUAGCUGCUUUCUCUCAUUUGCCAAAGGUGUGGUAUGACGUGAAUCCCUCCCAACUGUUCUUCACUCAAGCAAAACUAGGCUAAUAAAUGUCAGUCUCCUUCGCCUGUA